CAUUGAAGGCAUGACACAGCCGGCUUCGAGCAGCUAAAUUAAUUACAUCCUUAAAACGGAGCAGCGCUUAUUUGUUUGCGGAAAGGUGUCUUGUGGGCUGGAUUCAAGGAGCGUGGAGAACUCGAGAGCGGAUGUCAACGAGCUACCGGCCUCUGGAGGACAAAGGCCAGCCCUGCAGGUGGACCCAAAAGCUGUAGGAUUGGACAAUGAGUACUUCCAUAUUGGAAGACAUUUUCCUCAAACGAUCCCAGCAAAAGAAGAAAACAUCGCCGCUGAACUAUAAGGAAAGGCUGUUUGUUCUGACAACUGACAAGAUCUCCUAUUAUGACUAUGAUUAUGAGAAAGGGAAAAAGAAAGGUCUGAAGGGGUCAGUGGAUAUUGACAAAAUCAAAUAUGUAGCAACCGUGGUGCAAGAGGAGAACGCCCAUCCUGACAAAAUGUUUCCUUUCCAGGUUGUCUAUGACGAAGGUCCACUCUACAUUUUUGCCAAAACGGCUGAUAUUCGAAAGCAAUGGAUCCAUAAGCUGAAACAACUUGUGACACACAAUAAAGACCUGGCUCAGAAAUAUCAUCCAUGCUUCUGGGUAGAUGGCCAGUGGCUGUGCUGUCAUCAAGAAGUAAAGCAAGCCUUGGGGUGCAGAGUGAUUGAGACCAAAACCGAAUUCUCAGGAUCUCGACGGAAAUCAAGGAAGCCUCUACCCCCAACUCCAAAGGAAGGAGAGGCAUGUGUCAGACAGGAGAAGGCAUCAAGGUCCCUCCCUCCCCAGCCCACCCCCUCUCCUGCACCGCCCCCCUCUUCAGAAAAGACGGUGACGGCGAUGUACGACUAUACUCCCACAAACCCACAGGACUUGCCGCUGACCAACGGGGAGGAGUACACCAUACUGGAUAUGUCCAACGCUAACUGGUGGAAAGCCAGAGACAGACACGGGCAAGAAGGUUACAUACCUAGUAACUAUGUGGAAGAAGCUAGGAAUGAGCUUGAAAAGUAUGAAUGGUACUGCAAAAGCAUGAACAGGAGUCAGGCUGAAAACCUUCUGAAACAAGAGAACAAAGAAGGAGCAUAUUUAGUCAGAGAUUCCAGUAAAGCUGGGAAAUACACUGUCUCUGUGUUCAGUAAAGCUUCUGGGGAGGCUGGGGGGAAUUGCAGACAUUAUAACAUUUGCACCACGCAGGACGGACAGUUUUACCUGGCAGAGAAGCACUGCUUUGGCACCAUCCCCGAACUGAUCCACUACCAUCAACACAACUCCGCAGGGAUGGUAAGCAGACUGAGGCAUGUUGCAGCAGUUGGACAGCGCCAUGCACCCUCUACAGCUGGAUUAGGAUAUGGGGUAUGGGAGAUUGACCCACGUCACCUCACCUUCCUAAGGGAGCUCGGCAAUGGGCAGUUUGGAGUGGUGAAGUAUGGGAAGUGGCAAGGCAAGCAUGACGUGGCCAUCAAGAUGAUCAAAGAAGGCUCCAUGUCAGAGGACGAUUUCAUUGAGGAAGCUAAGGUCAUGAUGAAGCUUCGUCACCCCCAUCUGGUCCAGCUGUACGGUGUUUCCACGAAGCACAGGCCCAUCUACAUUGUGACUGAGUUCCUGUCAAAUGGCUGCCUGCUCUCCUACCUGCGGGAGACCCUGAAGAGGCCCCAACCCAUACAGCUGCUGGAGAUGUGCAAGGACGUCAGCGAGGGGAUGGCCUACCUCGAGUCCCAGCAGUACAUACACAGGGACCUGGCUGCCAGAAACUGCUUGGUGGAUGAUUAUGGGGCUGUCAAAGUGACCGACUUUGGUCUGUCCAGGUACGUCCUGGAUGAUGAGUACACCAGCUCAGCUGGGACAAAGUUCCCUGUCCGCUGGUCACCUCCCGAGGUCCUUCUCUACUGCAAGUUCAGCAGCAAAUCGGACAUCUGGGCUUUUGGGGUCCUGAUGUGGGAGGUCUACACCCUGGGGAAGAUGCCCUUCGAGCGCUUCAAUAACACAGAAAUCAUUGAUAAACUCAUAGCUGGCUAUCGCCUGUACCGCCCCCAGCAAGCCAGCGAGAAGGUCUACAGAAUCAUGCAAGACUGCUGGCAUGAGAAAGCUGAGGAUAGGCCUUCCUUCGAGGUGCUUGUCUCCUACAUCCAGGAUCUCCUGUAUGAGCUCCAGGAGGAGUGAAUUCUGGGAUCCAGACCAGUUGGUGUUUUCAUGAGACACUUUAACACACUUCCACAGUAAUGAACUGUCUACAACACAGAGAGGCACAGAUGGAGUUGCAAUACUCCACAGGAUACAUGUGAAUAAAAUAUCUUUUUUUUUUUUUUUUUUUUUUUUAAUUGCGAUAUUUUUUAAGUGUUACAGAAUACUACAUAUUUAUUUAAAAUAAGAACCUCAAAAAUGUCAAGAAUCUCUGGUCCAGCUGCUACACCAUUAGUCUCAGCUGAUGUCAGAAACACUGCGUUUGUUCAAAGUGUUAUUUCUAAAUGAUAUAGGCCUGUUUCAUUCAUCCACUAAGGGCAUAUUAGUGGUUACACUGGUGUAUCAGAUGAACUUAAUAUUUCAAAACCCCAAACAAGUUGCUUUACAAUGUUGCUGUACAUCUUUGUAGAAGAUAGUCUGUUUUAUAAUACUGUAGCUGUGGAUACCCAGCACUAUAGAAAGGUGUUUUUUUUUUUUUUUUACGUGAUCCAAGCUGAUUUCUAGAACGUUUGGUUCUGCUUCCUGGCAACCCUGAAUUCAUUCAGCUUCAGUACUGUUUUUUUUUUAAUAGGUGUAAAAUUUACAUAUGCACAUAUACUCUACGUGAGGAAUAACACGUAAUAAGGUUAUUUCAAAAGACAAAAAGAAUACUGAAAAAUUCUGUUCACUUAAAAAAAAGUUUUGUCUUUUUACCUUUACUUUGUUUGUUAUUUAUUUUACUUUAUGCCAUCUCUAUGCCAGAAUAUUACAAUUGUCUAAUUUGUUUGCUGCCUGGUUAUGUUAUGUGACAUUUCUUACCUGUUUAAUAUCUUAUUAUGUGUGUUUUGUAUAAUACUGUAUUACUAUGAUCCUUUCAAUCACUAAAUAAUGUCCUUGUUUUGUUGCACAGCCCUUGUGCGCAUGUAUAAAAGCACCACAGCUUUAAAACGAUUUUUCAGAAGCUGCCCCUUGUGAAUAAUGAUCGAAACAUAAACGGAAAUUGAAUGAUACAUUAAACACACACACACACACACACACACCUACAUAUAUAUAUACAUAUACACUCAAAACAAGAAAGGUAAUGUAGGUACACAAAAAAUGUGAAUAAUUUGAUUUUGAAAAAAUCAAUUUUGCACCAUUUGAUACAAAGCAAUAUAUAUAUAUAUAGAGAGAGAGAGAGAGAGAGAGAGAGAGAGAGAGAGAGAGAGAGAGAGAGAGAGAGAGAGAGAGAGAGAGAGAGAGAGAGAGAAGUGACUAUAUUGAAUUCUGCCAUAAAUGUGUUUUUUUUAUAUAUACUAUCUACACAAUGUUCCUCGGACGUAUUGUGAGUUUCAUAUGUGUACAGUAUGUUAAAUGUUUGUAAUUUGUAAACCUCAUAAAAUGUUUAAAUUGAUGUUAAAUAUUCUGUAAAUAAAGAUGGUAUAAAAUACU